AUGCCUACGUGGGUUCUCUCCAGCCCUGUGACUGACUGGCGACCAGUCCAGGGUACCCUGCCUUCGCCCGAUGCCAGCUGGGAUAGGCUCCAGCGCCCCCCACGACCCUCUGUGGAGGACUCAGUGUGUGGAAAGGAGGUCAAACCUGGAGACCUGAUCCAGAUCUUCCGUUUUGGUGGUUUGUAUCAGCACUGGGCUGUUUAUGUUGGUGAUGGAGACGUCGUUUACCUCGUACCACACGGGUCGGGGGCUGUUAAGGGCGUCGUGGUGAAAGAGAAACUGGAGGACGUGGUGAAGAAGGACAAGUGGAGAGUCAACAAUACCCUGGAUAAUGACUACACACCUCGUCCAGCUCUUGUUAUCGUGGAGAAGGCCUGUAAACUGGUGGAUACAGAACUUCAGUACGACCUGAAGAACUACAACUGUGAAAACUUCGCCACUGAGAUGCGUUACGGCAAGCCUGGGAAUCGGCAGGUGAAGAACGUAACACCAGAAGCACCGGUAGCAGGAACGACAGUAAUUGAAAAGGUUUUGUCUUGGUUUUUUGCUUCCAGUAACUCAGCCUCUUCAAUCAGGAAAUACUUUGACACGGAAAAAAAGGAGAUCCAACCUGGAGACCGGAUUGAGAUCUUCCGUGAUGGUUAUCAGCACUGGGCUGUUUAUGUUAGUGAUGGAGACGUCGUCUACCUCGUAACACACGAGUCGGGGGCUGGUACAAGCGUCGUGGUGAAAGACAAACUGCAGGACAUUGUGAAUAAGGACUUCCAUAGAAUCAACAAUGUCCUGGAUGAUGAAUACACACCUCGUUCAGCUAAGUAUAUCUUGGAGAAGGCCGUUAAAAUGGUGGAUAAAAAGAAGAAGCAGCGUGAUGCGUUUCAACUGUGAACACGUCGCCACUCAUCUGCGCUACGGCAAGGCUGUGUGUCAGCAGGUACGUUAGAACAUGUUUCUCCUGGUGGUUUGUGUUAGAUGUGCUACACAUAAAUGUUCAGAGUGGUGGAUUGUUUCUGAAGGACAUGAAUCAUCUUGUUUUGUGUAAAAUAUGUUCUUGUUCCUCCUGCAGGUGAAGAACAAAGCAGCAAAAACAGCAGGAGUGGGAGCAGUAGU